AUGGGUGUCUUCGGUGUCCAAGGGGCCGAAAACUCUUUGGUCCUGGAUCUCACAUGGGACGAGAGCAGCAGCACAUCCAUUGAAGCAGAAAGGACCUCAAGGACGGGAAAACGACCAAGAGAGGAGACAACUCCGGCCGACACGAAUUCUGCCAAAAAGACCAAUAGGCACUUAACCAGAAAAGCAGGAGAAGUUCUAGACAAAAUAAUGUCAGGAAUCAAGCAGCUGGGAAAACUGGUGGAAGGCUGCACAAACACGAAACGGGAAAUCAGGGAUAUGGCCCUGGGGCUAAGAAGCCUGGCCUCGCAGCUGGCAGCGCAAGAUAUUAAGGGGCUGCUGGACAGAGCAGACCAGGCGGCAAAGUCACCCCCUGCAGCGGUGAAGAUCGUAGAAGCCACAGACACGGUAACUGAAUCCGACGUAAAGGAAUGUAAGAAAUACGACGACUUCAAACGCAUUGUGACACGCAAAUGGCCACAAGAGCUCUACGCGGUGACGACGACUACCGAAGACGGCCCCCUCGUAGCGGGGAAAGGAUGGGACAUCGGAGUAUGCGCACCAGAGGGGAAACUAGAGCGGGGGAUUUCGAAGGCCUUCAAGGACAGAUACCCGGAUUUGACUGAGAUAAAAGGAAACUUUGGAUACGUUAAGGUGACCAUCGAGAAGAUGGGAAGAAUAGCUAUCAUGCAGGAAGACGCCCACAAAACGGAGCAAGACACUUACGACGCUCUGGUGAAAGCCAGAAGUCUUCUAGAACAGGAGAAUCGGAGCAAAUUAGCCAUGUCGCUGCCAGCAGGAGGGGAUGACGCACGCAUACAAAAGAUGGUUGAGUGCAUCUUUAAUGGCAUGCAGAUCGAGGUCAGACUGACCGGAACAAGGGGCUCACUACAAAAUAAGGACGAAAAAGAGUGGAAAGUCCAAAAAACCGGAAAAACACGCUACUUCUGAAUCCCACGGUAGAUAAAAAAACGUUAUCGGAUUUGUUCAAGAAAAUGACCAACGAAAUCGAUGCCGAAAAGCUGGGAGUGAGGAUCACCACGAUGGGCGAAAAUUCCAACGGGCAGAUUCGGGUCAGCUAUGUCGACAAAACCGAGGGGGGUAACCAAGCCUUUCAAGAAGUCAUUAACAAUGCUAUACAGGGUAAAGCACAAGCGGUGAUAUCACAGGCGAGAAAGGAGUUCCUCAUCAAGAACCUCCCCUCCUUCGCCUAGGAGGGUGACAUAAGACUGGCGAUAUCAACUAAAAUAAACCAAUCAGCCGACCGUAUUGAGGUACAAGCUCCGAGAACCCUCACGAACGGAACAAGAAUGACCGGAAUUAUGGUUCCGAUCGAACAAGUCGACAAAGUUACUGAACACGGGAAAAUCCGAAUCGGAUGGCGCUACUGCAGAGUAGAAGAGAAGAUUGGAGUCACAAGAUGUUAUCGGUGCCAAAAGUUCGGACAUGUUGCCAAGAACUGCAAGGAGGAGAAGUCCGACAAAUGCUACAAGUGCUACAAGGAACGCCACAGGGCAAAGGAAUGUCCAAGGGAAAGUGAACCAUACUGCAGCACCUGCGCUAAGGCGGGACAUAUAACGGGCUCCAACAAAUGCCCGGAAUAUAAGAAGGCCCUCAAGGAGGCCAUAAACGCAAAACGGGAGAGGACAAAGACUGCAGCGACAGGAAGACCUCCCGAUGCCAAGUAGAGACGCCGAACGGAUCAAGGUACUGCAGCUUAACCUUAACAGAUGUGGACAGGCGCAUGACCUCCUCGAGUACAAAUCCAGGAAAGAAAAUAUAGACAUUAUCAUCGGACAGGAGCCGAAUAAGAGGAUGAGUGAGAAAUAUUUCUGUGAUAUACAAUGUGAUAGCUUUAUUGGCAUAAAUAAUAACGUAACUGUGAUAAAAUCGUCUAGUCAUUCUGGCUUUGUAUGCGUAGAACUUAUGUGUGUUAUAGUUUACUCGUGCUACUAUUCCCCAAAUAAACCAACAGAAGGUUUAGAAGAAUUGCUGGACGAUCUAGGGAGUCAUAUGAAGAACAGUAGAAAAG